AUGGCUAACGCAACUAAAAAAGUCUUUAACGUUGCAGUUUUCUUCGUUGUCUUUAGAGAAUGUUUAGAAGCUGUUAUUGUUAUUUCAGUUUUAUUAUCUUUCUUAAAACAAGCCAUUGGUGAUAAUGAUCCAGCAUUAUAUAAAAAAUUAAGAAAACAAGUUUGGAUUGGUGCUUUUGCUGGUGUCUUUAUCUGUUUAGUCAUUGGUGGUGGUUUCAUUGGUGCUUAUUAUGGUUUAGAAAAUGAUAUUUUUGGUAAUUCUGAAGAUAUUUGGGAAGGUGUUUUCUGUAUGAUUGCAACUGUUAUGAUUUCAUUCAUGGGUAUUGCCAUGUUAAGAAUUAACAAAAUGCAAGCUAAAUGGAGAGUUAAAAUCGCAAAAUCCUUAGUUGAAGUUCCUGAAAGAAAAAGAGAUCGUUUCAAAUUAGGUUACUUAGCUAAGAAAUAUUCCAUGUUCUUAUUACCAUUUGUUACCACAUUAAGAGAAGGUUUAGAAGCUGUUGUUUUCGUUGCCGGUGCAGGUGUUACCACUCAAGGUUCUAAAGCUUCAUCAUAUCCAUUACCAGUUGUUAUUGGUUUACUUGCUGGUUGUUUAGUUGGUGUUUUAUUAUAUUACGGUGUUUCAUAUUCAUCAUUACAAGUUUUCUUGGUUAUUUCCACUUGUAUCCUUUAUUUGAUUGCUGCUGGUUUGUUCUCAAGAGGUGUUUGGUAUUUUGAAACUAAUACUUUCAACAAAGCCACUGGUGGUGAUGCCUCAGAAUCUGGUGAUGGUAAUGGUUCUUAUGAUAUUUCCAAAGCUGUUUACCAUGUUAACUGUUGUAAUCCAGAAUUAGAUAAUGGUUGGGAUGUUUUCAACUCAUUAUUAGGAUGGCAAAACACUGGUUACAUUGGUUCAGUCUUAGCUUAUAACUUAUAUUGGUUAGUCUUGAUCAUUGUGAUCUUAUUAAUGUUAUUUGAAGAAAAAACUGGUCAUUUACCAUUCUGCAAGAACUUAGGUUUAAGACACUUAAACCCAUUAUAUUGGAUCAAAAACAAAAAGAAAAAUGAAUUAACUGAUGCUGAACGUGAAGAAUUAUUUAGAAAAGCUCAAGAUAUUAGAUUCAACCAAGAUGGUGAAAUCAGUCAAGUUCAAGAAACUGUUCCAGCUUCUAAAUAA